CUGAUCGAAGGGACCAACCGGGCCUAUUCGCACGCGUCCAUUAGAGUAACUUCGACUACUUCAUGUAAUUCUUCAAACAGAUUUUUUGAAGGAAGUGGUCAGAUUCAAUUGUGGCAAUUUCUGCUUGAACUGUUGGCGGAUGCAGCUUCAAACGCCCAUUGCAUCGCUUGGGAAGGAGCCAGUGGAGAAUUCAAGCUGGUUGAUCCGGACGAAGUUGCCCGUAAAUGGGGUGAACGAAAAAGCAAACCAAAUAUGAACUAUGAUAAACUCAGCCGAGCAUUACGGUAUUACUACGACAAAAAUAUUAUGACAAAGGUACACGGUAAGAGGUAUGCCUACAAGUUCGAUUUUCAAGGACUAGCACAGGCAUGUCAGAAUUCCAUGAACAGUGGAAAUGACAUCUCAAGCGCUGUUCAAUCACUGAACCCCUAUCAAAAUAGUAAGAAAACUUACUCUAUAGACAUUACAAGCUAG